AUAAUACACCAUUAGUCAGUCUCACCUCCUUCAGUGCGUUUCAGUGAAGCAAGUUAAAUUGAAAUCACAUCCCUGAUGCAGGCAACCUGAUCUUGCAGAAGGUUCCCACAUGGCUGGGUAACCGGCUGGGGGAGGCAUUCUCAUUUUUUUUUUCUGGUUCAUUAAAAAAAAAAAUAAAAAAAAUCCCUCCUCCAUCUCUGUUUUGUUUUCUAUCGCAGCCAGUCCUGCCACCACCCUUCCCUGGGCUGUUACAAUGGACUCUCCCAAUAUUCAGUGUGUGUGUAGAAGGCUGCGAUGCUAAUGCUCAUUCUGGUACCCAGGAGCUAUUUUCUUCCUGUAUCCCUGCUGGAGCAUCCUUCAUAAUAUCACGCGAGACAGAUACUUAGAGGAGGGCUGUGGCAGAUCCGAGUACAGACCAGGUCAUCCCCAGCUAUGGCUCGGCUUUCCCAAGCUAAGCAUGGUUGGGCUACACUGAACUUUGGAUGGUAGAUCAAGCAGGACCCUGGUGGCACAGGAAGUGACACUGGACCGUCUCCAUCUGCUGCCGCCCAAGGGAGAUUCACCCAGUCGACUCGCCUGGCCACUCCGGCAUCUCAAGCCUGGAUUAAGCGAAUGGGUCGCGGUUCAGUGCCUUCGAUUGGCCGCCGUUGGAAAGCUGCAUCCUCCUCACCCGCCAAAAAUUCCCACCACUGCCCCCUGGCCUGAGGAGACGGGGAGGGGCCCUGCGUGCUCAUCCAGGAAGACCCACCCUCCACACACAGCCCCCAUUAAAGGCGGUUCCCAUCCUCUUCUUCCUCACACCAGUGAGAUCUGAAGGUGGGACGUCAGCAAGGGCAGAGCCAUGGAUGAGGGGUUCAGGGACCGCACGGCCUUCAUCCGGGGGGCGAAGGACAUUGCCAAGGAGGUGAAGAAGCAUGCCACUAAGAAGGUGGGCAAGGGUGUGGACCGCGUGCAGGACGAAUACACCAAGCGCUCCUACUCCCGCUUCGAGGAGGACGACGACGAGGAGGAUUACCAGCCCCAGGACGGCUACUACCGCGGCGAGUCGGCCAACGACGAGGAAGGGGCCUCCAGUGACGCCACCGAAGGGCACGACGAGGACGACGAGAUCUACGAGGGCGAGUACCAGGGCAUCCCCCGCAAUGACUCCCUGAAGGCCGGGGACCACCUGGCCGACAACCAGCAGGUGGUGAGCGAGUUCAGAGACUUUGAGGACCUGGAAGGGGACAAGAAGAAGGACAAGGAGGAGCUGGCCCAACAGUACGAGCUCAUCUUGCAGGAGUGCGGCCAUGGGCGCUUCCAGUGGACACUCUACUUUGUGCUAGGGCUGGCCCUCAUGGCUGAUGGCGUGGAGGUCUUUGUGGUGGGCUUUGUCCUCCCCAGCGCCGAGAAGGACAUGUGCUUGUCCGACUCCAACAAAGGCAUGCUGGGCCUCAUCGUCUACCUGGGCAUGAUGGUGGGAGCGUUCCUGUGGGGCGGCCUGGCGGAUCGGAUCGGCCGGAGGCAGUGCCUCCUUAUCUCCCUCUCGGUCAACAGUGUCUUUGCCUUCUUCUCCUCUUUCGUGCAAGGUUACGGCACCUUCCUCUUCUGCAGGCUGCUCUCCGGAGUGGGCAUCGGGGGCUCAAUCCCCAUUGUCUUCUCCUACUUCUCAGAGUUCCUAGCUCAGGAGAAGCGAGGUGAGCACCUGAGCUGGCUCUGCAUGUUCUGGAUGAUCGGGGGCAUCUACGCAUCAGCCAUGGCUUGGGCCAUCAUCCCUCACUACGGCUGGAGUUUCCAGAUGGGCUCCGCGUACCAGUUCCACAGCUGGAGGGUCUUUGUCCUGGUCUGUGCCUUCCCCUCCGUCUUUGCCAUCGGCGCUCUCACCACCAUGCCUGAGAGCCCACGCUUCUUCCUGGAGAACGGGAAGCACGACGAGGCCUGGAUGGUGCUGAAGCAGGUUCACGACACCAACAUGCGAGCCAAGGGCCACCCCGAGAGGGUGUUUUCAGUCACCCACAUCAAAACCAUCAAGCAGGAGGACGAGCUGAUUGAGAUCCAGCUGGACACCGGCACCUGGUACCGGCGCUGGAUGGUUCGGAUCCUGAACCUCUUGCAGCAGGUCUGGAGCAACUUCCUGCAGUGCUUUGCCCCCGAGUACCGGCGCGUCACGCUCAUGAUGAUGGCUGUGUGGUUCACCAUGUCCUUCAGUUACUACGGCUUGACCGUCUGGUUCCCAGAUAUGAUCAAGCAUUUACAGAACAUCGAAUAUGCCUCCCGCACCAAGCUCUUCACCCAUGAGAAGGUGGAGCACUUCACCUUCAACUUCACCCUGGAGAACCAGAUCCACCGCAACGGUGAAUACUACAACGACAAGUUCAUCGGCCUCAAGCUGAAAUCCGUCUCCUUUGAGGACUCCCUGUUUGAGGAGUGCUACUUCGAAGACAUCACCUCCAGCAACACCUUCUUCAAAAACUGCUCCUUCAUCUCCACUGUCUUCUACAACACAGACCUGUUCGAGUACAAAUUCAUCAACUCCAAAAUGGCCAACAGCAGCUUCCUGCACAACAAAGAAGGCUGCCAGCUGGACUUCAGCGAUGACAACAACGCCUACAUGAUCUACUUCGUCAGCUUCCUGGGCACCUUGGCUGUGCUGCCAGGGAACAUUGUCUCAGCCCUGCUUAUGGACAAGAUCGGGCGCCUCCGGAUGCUGGCCGGCUCCAGUGUGAUGUCGUGCAUCAGCUGUUUCUUCCUGUCGUUCGGGAACAGCGAGUCAGCCAUGAUCGCCCUGCUCUGCCUUUUCGGGGGGGUCAGCAUCGCCUCCUGGAACGCCUUGGACGUGCUGACGGUGGAGCUCUACCCCUCCGACAAAAGGACGACUGCCUUUGGCUUCCUCAAUGCCCUCUGCAAACUGGCGGCCGUCCUGGGCAUCAGCAUCUUCACCUCCUUCGUCGGCAUCACAAAAGCAGUGCCCAUCUUGCUGGCCUCGACAGCGCUAGCUGUGGGCAGCUCGCUAGCGUUAAGGCUGCCGGAGACGCGUGGGCAGGUGUUGCAGUGAGUGGGGGUGUAUGCCUCCCCAGAUUUCCUCACCCCCAGGAGAUUCAAGUUGUUAGACACUGUGAAAUGUCUUAUUUUCUAAUUUUGAUUAUUUUAUUUUUUCGCUCCCUUUCCCCCAACCGCUCCUUCCUUCCUAUCCUCCCCUCUCUAUUUUUGGUGUCAUUACAUGUGUGAGAAUCGGCUUAUUCAUUGCGGCAGUUGGGGAGGAGGGGAGAAAACUUGACUGAGAAGGUGGAGUGGGGAAGAACCUCUUUGCACUAAAUUCAGGCUGGAAAUGGCCCAGCCUCGGCAGUGUAAAUGGAUUAUCUGGGCAGCUGCCAAUUGACCCAGCUCCUGAUCAGAGCUGGACGCUAGGGGCUAGGGCCAGCUCCUCAAAGGGGACAUCUAAUGUCUAGGUGCCCUGCCAUGCAGCAGAAACCCGAAAUCCCUUUGUGGAGCUCGCCCUAGGGUGUGCACUGGUAAACACGUGCACCAUUUAAUUUCACACACGUGGGUGUAAACUAGUAGUACGUGCAACGUGUGCUCACGGAUCUUGGCUGUGUAAUAUUCUCCGAAUCCUCGUUUAUUUUUUUCAUCAGCCACCUGUGGUGUGUGGUGAGCAACGCAACCCCCCACCCCCACCACUGCUUUUUCAGGGCCCUUUGAGUCAUAUGUAAAGUAGUGUCGAUUUCAGGUGUUAACAAAGCUUCCGUUUCAGGCUUCUAAGCCAGGUUUGCAGGAGCAAAUCGGCAGAGCUAAGUUGUUCCUCUGUGUCACGUGAACUGAAUUUGAAAUCCUGAUCUGCACGCG